UGCGACACACUACACACACAUCUGUGUGUCCAUAUUCCACACAUGCACCUAGUCCAUAUAAGAUAUAAUACAUAUAAUACAUCACAGGACACACUGUCUUUGUGCAGCUCCGUAUUUUGACCAUGAUGCGUCGGAGUGUGGGCAGAGUGUGUAGGUGUGGAGGAGACGCGUGUGCGGGAGCGACAGACAGAGGAAGAGAGGACGCGGUCAGUUUGAUGCAGGCUGAAUGGCCCGAACGAUCCGAGGCCAAAUGAAAGUGGACUGCCCAUCAGAUGAGACACUACUCAACCAGAAGAGACGAGUUUAAGUUUUUGCAGAGUCUCUGAUCAACAUGAAAACUUGUGUGUGUGUGUGUGUGUGUGUGUGUGUGUGUGUUGUCACAGUUAUUGUUAAUAGUUAUGAGUAUGUAUGGACAUGUCUGAAAAAGUUCAUGUGAGUGUGUGCAUGUUAAAGGUGAAGUAGUGUGAGAGUGGGUGGGAUGUGAUGUGCUCACCAUGUCUGAGGAGGAAGUGAUUAACUGCACCAUCAGCCAUGAGAUCCACCAGUACGUCUUCUCCUGUGUGUAUAUCAUUGUACUAAUGGUUGGUAUUCCCUCCAACCUGUACUCGCUGUACCAUGCUACACUGCAGCUGAAGCAGAAGAAUGAGCUGGGAGUUUAUCUACUGAACCUCACGGUGUCUGACCUGUUGUACCUGAUGUCCUUACCACUGUGGCUCCAGUACUUCUUUCAGGGUGAUGACUGGCGUCACAGGGAGUGGUUAUGUCAGCUCAGUGGUUUCCUGCUCUAUGAGAACAUCUACAUCAGCAUUGGUUUCCUGUGCUGUAUCAGUCUGGAUCGCUACCUGGCUGUGGUCCACCCUUUAAGGUUCACCUCUCUGCGAUCUAUGAAGGCAGCGUGGAUUGUUAGUGCCAUCAUCUGGAUGAAGGAGAUCGCAGUAGGUGUGGUUUUCUUUCGCCAUAAAGAACUGAGCACAGACCGCACAAACCAGUCGGUGUGCUUUGAGCACUACCCCAUGCAGCCGUGGGAGUACCCGAUCAACUACUACCGCUUCACUAUUGGCUUCAUGUUCCCACUGGCCAUUCUAUCGAUCAGCUACCUGUGUGUCCUUCGUGCUGUGGGUCGGAGUGCGGGGACACAGCCAGAUCAGAAGACAAGGAUCAGGCAGUUAGUUAGCAGUACCAUCCUCAUCUUCCUGGUUUGCUUCUCCCCAUACCACGUCUUCCUGUUAGUACGCACCCUGCUGGAGCGGGACUGCAACUUUAUUACAGGAAUAUUUAAUUACUACCACCUGUCGUUGUUGCUAACCACCCUGAACUGUGUGGCUGACCCUGCUCUCUACUGCUUUGUCAGUGAAAGUGCCCGCCAUGGCCUGUACAGAUUCAUAUUCAGACCAAUUAUCAGGAUACUCUGUUGCUGCUGUCGGCGUGGCAAUGUGAGUCCCUCCAACCCAGCCACAGACUCCCACGAGGUUGCUACCGAUGAAAACAAUGGUUACCCAACAGUGACGCUGCUCACACUCAACAACGUUAAAACAGACUCUGCUAGCCAAAACACCACGUUAGCUACACAGACUGAUGAAAAAGAUAACAUAUCCUCAGAUGCACAUAAUCACAGACCCUCUGACAAAUGUGUGGACAGUGAUGGAGAGUCCAGUUGUGUGAUAGCCAUAGAAGAACAGAGCCAAAAGACAGAGAGCACUGGGGAGGUCGACAAGAGCACCAGCUAAAAUGAGCCAAGGACCAAUCAGGAAGCAUGCUCAUAGCAAGACAAGCGAAGAAUAAAUGGAAAACGCAUGAGACCAACCUCAGCUAACCUACAUGUAGAGUUCCUUCUGGCAGUGGACCUUAUGUGGCAGUGUCCUGCUGUCCACCCUGCUGUGUUUACAUCAUUGUCAUCCGUUAGCAUUUUCCUUCAGCGAGUUCUCUGAUCUCUGGAUACAGCACACUAUGUGAGAGUCUGUCAUUAGUCUGUUUUUUUUUACUGUCACUGCCCUGUUUACAUUUUGAUGUAAGAAAAGGCAAUAUUCACCAGGAGGUCAGGGUUACUGACCUGUACAAAUACUUUUGAAAACUCUGCAUUUGAACCUGCACCCUUGAAGGGGAAGUUGUCAGUAUUCCUAUAUAACAACAGUAUUAUGGUAGCACUUUCUAAUACAAUUACCUUUUAUACAAGGUAGCUGUAAGUCAUAGCUUUAAUAAGGGUUGAUAAAUGAUAUACUUAUGCAUAGCCAUUAAUCAUACUGUAGGGGGGCAUAAAGAAAGGCAGGUGAGCAUACUUCACCCACCUUUAGGUGAACUACUGUUGCAAAAGUAAGCAACUAUUACCAUUACUUCAGCAGGGUUUAAUUAAGUAACAUCACAGGGGCUUAGCUUCAUACCCAGCAGGCAUUCACUGCCAGAGAAAAACAGCUGGGAUGUUGAUGUGGACUGAAUCACAUCUGCCUACUUGCUGUCUAGUGCCGUUAUUCCACUGCAACUAGGAACCAUACCAUAUAUAUUUGCAUGUUCCAUUGUCUCAGAAAUGGUCCAUGGCCGGGGUGAAAAGCAUGAUAUGUGGCCCUUCUCAGGCCCAAAUCCAGGAGUGUGCUACUCCGUCCCAAGCUCAGCUGUAUGUCACUGCAUUCUGAUUGCAAGAGAGAAAACUUGAGUGACAGGAAGCGUCUCAGCCAAAGAAAGAGAAAAAAAAUGAAAGAAAGAAAGGAGGAGAUGGUAGGCUGUUAGGAAGGAAUAAAUGGAAGUCAGUAUAACAGCUUUGUUUAUCAAAUCCAUGUGUGCUCUGUUGUGUGCCUACUGUUGAUGUUCGUUUGGGUCACGCAGAAGACGGCACCUUGAUGUACUUUACAAGAGCAAUGCUCACUCUGUGCAACAGAAACACAAACAUAUACUGUGGCAGCCUGGACCAAUAGCUGGCCAGGUGGCCUAAGUACGGGAUAGUUCCAACAAUUCCCGGUGGCAGUGGAAUGAUGGCAUAAGAAGGAGAACAGAGCACACACAAAACAAAAACAAACAAAACAGUUGACACUCGGAAAAUGCAGCAGCAUGCCAUAUAAAACAUAUGAAUGUAGAUGUAACAUUAACAUUCCUUUCAGUUGGAUGUGUUUUGUGUUUCUAUCACAAGGAAUUAGUCAAUUCCAGGAUUAAAUUGAACCUGCACCCUUGAAGGGGAAGUUGUCAGUAUUCCUAUAUAACAACAGUAUUAUGGUAGCACUUUCUAAUACAAUUACCUUAAAGC